GGGCCCUUCCUUUAUUAUGUGCCAUGUUGUCCCCUCCAGCUGUGGUUCUGCACCCCUACAGCCUGCCUGUCUACCCUGCGGCACCCCAGUGUUACUCUGGGCUGGUUCAGGGUAGUCCAGAUGCUGCGGUGCCACCUACUGAUGCCAUGACACAGACGUUCCCAGCUCAGUACCCACCACCGCCACCCCAGGCCCGGCUCCCUCCGCAGUAUCACCUCCACAGUACCUCUUCUGAAUACCCAUCUCCAACUGCCCUGGAUCACAGCCUGCGCAUCUUCCCUGAGCAGGGAACAACUGCAUCAGAGCCUUUACCGUUGCCUCCACCUCCUGCUCAACCUGAAGAAGUCCCUGCACCUGAGCUAUCUCCAGAGACAGAGGAAGCAGAGAGUGAGGAGAAUAAAGCCCAGCCCAAGCGCUUACAUGUGUCCAAUAUCCCUUUCCGCUUCCGUGACCCAGACCUGCGGCAGAUGUUUGGGCAAUUUGGAAAAAUCCUUGAUGUGGAGAUCAUCUUUAAUGAGCGUGGCUCAAAGGGUUUUGGGUUUGUCACCUUUGAAAACAGCCAAGACGCUGACCAGGCACGAGAAAAGCUAAACAGCAGUAUUGUGGAAGGGAGGAAAAUUGAGGUGAACAAUGCCACUGCCCGUUUAGUCACCAAGAAACCCCCCGUGGUACCUGUAGUGAAUGGAUGGAAGAUUAAUCCUGUAGUUGGUGCUGUCUAUGCUCCUGAUCUGUACACAGUGGCGAGCAUCCCUUACCCCAUGAUGGCACCUGCUGCUCUGGCCUAUCGUGGGACCCUGCGAGGGCGUGGCCGGGCCACUAUCUAUAAUCCCAUUCGAGCGGCACCUGCCCCCUCUCCAGUUCCAGCCUAUGGCAGCGUGCUCUAUCCAGAUGGUCUAUACAGUUCCGACCUCUACGGUUAUCCUGCAGCUUACAGAGUGGCCCAGACCCCAGCAGCUGCAGCCACAGCAGCAGCAUACAGUGAUGGGUACGGACGGGUCUACACUGCUGCUGACCCUUAUCACCACACAGUGACCCCUGCCUAUGGAGUUGGUGCCAUGGCCAGCUUAUACCGAGGAGGAUGCAAUCGCUUCACUCCAUACUGAAGGACCAAGCACUGGGGCUGAGCAAUCAGGAAGUGUCUGUCGGUUGAUGGCACAGAUGAUCAGAUCCAGUGCUGAGAACCUUGUCUCUCUGUGUGUGGUGUGUAUGAGUCUGUGCAUGAAGGAGAGAAUUAGACCUCUGGUGUGGAUAUCUCCCAUCCAGCAAUACACUUGAUACUGGGGAGUGCCCAGGAAUUUUCCCUGACCCCAUAAGAAUCUUUAGCGUUAGUCUCAAUUCUGGCCUCUUCUGUGUCUUCGGAUUGGGUAGAGACGAGGUAGGCAGCACACCAAAUCUAGAUGCAGACCAAACUGCAGACACACAACCAUAGCUAGGUUAUGGGUCUUGGGGUCAGCAGGUAUCAUAUUUAAGUAAGACCAUGGUGAGAGGAGUUGGGGGCCCUGGGAAAGCCAUUUCUUGAACUCCAUCCAAAAAUUCCUGUGCGAUCCCAACCAUGAUUAGAGAGGCUUCCAGUCUUCGAAUUGGAUCUGGUGCAUUUUAAAACCUGGAUUGAGGCUCUUAUAAUUGCUAUGGCCUCAGAUAAGGAACCGGAGGUGGGGGUGGGGGCGCUGCAGUUCCAUCUGACUGAAUACUCAAGCCCUGUUCAAAAUUAUUGAUUUCUAAGCCUGUGGGGCCAAGACUAUAGACUUAACUAGUCAUGGUUUUCCCCAGAAACUCUGGGAACUAUUAUUGGGAAUUGCUGAAAAUGGUCAGUUCAAAUUCUGUCAUGUUACACUUCCCAUAAUUUCUGAGAGAGAAGGCAUGGUAGUUUUACAACUGAUGUCUGCUGUUAUAGAGGUGACAUGGAGCAAGGGUGGAGAAUGUGUCACUCUGCUGAGGUGGUUGGAUGCCAACUCUAGUCAUCUCUGGCCAUUGGCUAGGAUAGAUCUGGAAAAGCCCAUUUGGAGGGUGUCAAGGUUCCUGCUGCUGCCGCAACAUCAGUUAGAUCCUUUUGCAGUUCUCUGCUUUCUCACCUCAUUGCCUAUCCUUUUCCUUCUCCUUGACUGCUUUUUUAUGUUUUUCUCCUUCAUGCUGAGCUCCCACUUGUCUCUUUUUGUGUGUGUGCUUUCUUGUUUUUCCAAUCUGCUUUGGGUAUCAGCUCAAGACAGGUGGUAGCCAAAACAAGGCACUUCUUUCCUGUAAAAAUGAAAAUCAUGUUUUUGCUUACAAAUGUUCCUUAUUUUUAUUCAGUUAUGCAAAUAUGUCAACACAUUUCAGAUGUCCUUCCCCAACCCACCCCUUCUUCUCUGAGUGGCCAUGAUGCAUAAGAAAGAGUUUUGUUUGCAGGAAUGGCAUAACUUUAAAACCCUCAUUCUGUGCAAGACUUUUUUUUUGUCUGGGCUGAAGAACAAAAUGCUCCUGUCUACCCAUUUUCAGAAACUGGGCUGGGAGUAAAAUCUUCCUUUAACACUGACAAUGGGACAACAGCCUCCAUUCAUAUUAAGGGCAACAGGCUUGCUUACUGGGAACAGGGCCGGCUGUGUGGCUUUGCCUUCAAACAUUUUGUCAUUGUUUCACUAUAUCCAGCAUGCAUCAGCUGGGGAACCAUCACACUUGGCCUAAUGAUGGCACUGGUCCUGCUGCAGCAGUUCAGCCCAUCUGUAUAUGGAAAAGCAUGCAGAGCCCUAUGUACAGGUAGUCCUUGCUUAACGACCAUAAUUGAGACCGGAAUUUUGGUUGCUAAGCAAAAUGGUCAUUACGUGAAUCCAAUCUGAUUUUAUGACCUUUUUUGCAGUGGUCAUUUAGUAAAUCACUGUGGUCAUUAAGUGAACCACAUGGUCAUUAAGCAAAUCACACAGUUCCCCAUUGAUUUUGCUUUCCAGAAGCUGGCCGGGAAGGUCAAAAAUGGCGAUCGCACAACCACAGGAUGCUGCGACAGUCAUAAAUGCGAACUGGUUGCUAAGUGCCGAAAUUGUGAUCACAUGACGGCUGGGAUGAUUAUAAGUGUGAGCACUGGUUGUAAGUCAUUUUUUUUCAGCACCAUUGUAAGUCUGACCCAUCACUAAACAAAUGGUCAUUAAGUGAGGACUACCUGUAUAUGCAGUGUUCAUGAUCACAUCCACCAUUGCAUCAAGUUUUCAACAUUCUUGGAAAUGAUAACGAUAUAAACUAUUACACUGCAACCUAUGCAUUUAAAUCUCUAAACGUCUAAAAUCUUUUGGUAUGGACUAUGCCUCACAAUCCUAUCUCAACAUUUCUGAUUUUAAUGUCCUAAUUUUGCCAGGAUUGAUCAAGAACAAUUAAUAGGGAAAGGUUGUUAUUUUUUAUAUAAAAAUUGAAUGAUUUUAGCUGGAGUACAAAUAAACACUUUAUUGGUGCAUGUAUAGGAAAGACCAACAGAAUAGUAAUACCGGAAACUUGAAUGCACACUGAUUGGGAAAUUUGCAUCCACUUACAUAUAUGCUGAUAUACUGUAGCUAUAUACAUAUAUGCAUGUUAGUGUAGGACUGAAGUCUAAGGAUUUUUUUAAAUGCAUUUUUUUAAAAAGUGGAAUACACCUAACCAUCAUUUUCUCCUAAAGGCUAUUGAUCCCAAAGCAGAAUCCAUUUCUGUUUCUGGCUAUUUUGCUUCACUGUAUUUCUGAGUUUCUGUUGCAGGGCCUCUUAAGUUCACAAUGCAAUAUCUCAGGGAAAAACUUCUAUACAUAGAUGCUUGUUCUUCUUUCCGCUGUUUCCAUGUUACUGUAAUAAAAUCCUGAUUCUGGCUAAUUUCUGUUACUCUGCCUCUUCUUCCUCCUUUUCCUCCAUCUCUUUUCCUAUUGCUGCAUCCUUCCUCUUUUUCUUGUUCAGAAUGAUACCUUCUUCACUUCCAGCAGUCCACUGGGAGGUUGGCAGGAGGCUUUCUGAAGGGGGCAAGCUAAGGUUGGAAAUUGGUAUUAAUUUGAGAAAAUGUGGAUGGCUUGAAAAAGGAGAAAAGAUUAAUUUUGAUUAUUUUUUAAAGCUGCCAAACAGUUGGGCUAAUGAUGAUAAUAGAAUAAAAUAAACAUUUUUAUGUACAUGUACACCUAAGAAGCAAUGCUCUUCUCAGAUCACUUGGCUCCUAUAAAACUUUUUGCUUGCCCCUAUUUAAAAAGAUUUGGCUGCCAUGAAUAUUGAAACACAAGCUUUCCUACUGCACUUUGGAGAAAAGAAAUCCAAUGUAGUAAUAAACUAGGGUGGAUCUGUUGCCGUUUUUAGAAUACCCUCCCAUGAAGCCAUUAUGUAAUGCCAGGUUUUCAUCAUAUCUGCAGCAGUUUGUAAGUUGUCUUGGGCGCACCAAGACUCUGAACUUUGUCUUUUGAAGAACUACGUUUCUAGCCCCGUCGCCAUGAAAUGUGAACUUAGUGGGCAAUGCUUGCUGAAAUCCUAGUAAGCAAAAAAAAUCAGGAAUUGGCCUAAUUAAUUUAAUUUAAUUUAUUAAUCAGAUUUGUAUGCCUACCAACUCUCAACAAUUCUGGGCACCUCACAGCAACUAAAACAAGGAAAAUACAUUAAUAACUAGUUUGAAAAUUUUGUCUGUGUGUAUGUAUAAAAAAUCAUAAAAGUCAAGGUUGGGAUUUUUCUAUUUGACCAAUUCACUAUCCCAAAAGUGAUGUGGAAUUAGUGUAUCUAUGAGUUUUUGAACUGCAGGGUGUGAUUUGAAGUGCUGUUGUUUCUGAUUCCUCAACCUACCUUCUCAGCCCUUCCUCCCAACAUGCUGCUUAUUUUGUCUUGCCUUGCUCAAGAAUGCCUCUUCUUGGUACGACCACAGGCUGAACUGAGAUCUCUUGUCUUCCUAGAAUCGAUUCCGCCUCAGUGCCAUCAAAGACAGGUCUUUCUCUUAGAACCACUGCCUAUGUUUCUAAUCAAAAUUUUUUCUCCAGCAUGGUCACCUGUACUAAAGAAACGUGGCUCCAAGUAGCGGGGCUUUUGCACCUUGAGUUAACUGAGUAGAACAAGAAUCUACUGCAGUACAACUUACUGGUACAACUAUUAAAGGUGCAGGAGCCCUGCCUUCUUUUGCACCCGGCCACCCUAGUACAGUCUAGUCUGGCUACUGCUGCAGGAGGCCACUUCAGAACACUUGCCUGCAUUUCAAACGUGAAUUAAAUCCAUGCAAAGAAAACUGAACUUCCAUAGGAAUGAGAAAGAUUCUAAGUUAGACUUUGUCCUGCUGUGCUCAUUUUGAAUCUGGAGGGAAUUCCUGAUAUCCAGGCUGAAAUGAUAGAGUCCGUUUGGUCCACUGGAUUCUGCCCUCUCAUUGCUACAGGUGCAGAUCAAGCCAUGCAAAUGAGGUUCAGGAUGUUUUAAGGGUGCUUGUUGGAACAUCAAUCCCACAGACCUCUGUGACGUUCCUUUCUGCAUAAAGGGGCAUCGGGUAUCUGAAAAAAGGGUUCCCUGCGUUUAGAAGUUCAUUUUUGUUGUCAGGUAGCUGUCCAAGAGAAUAAACAAUGAUUUCUAUUUCCUUUUUUAAUCUAGUUCUGCUCUAGCAUUCUAGUUCAAAACUGUUUGCACAGGCGUUUGCUUCCCAUUAAGGCAUGCUCUCCAUGAGGCCGUUUCCCCUCAUCCUUUGCUUUCCUCGGCUGCCUCUUUCCUCUAAUGCAGUGUUUCUCAACCUCAGCAACUUUAAGAUGUGUGGACUUCAACUCCCAGAAUUCCCCCAGCCAGCAUGCUGGCUGGGAGAAUUCUGGGAGUUGAAGUCCACACAUCUUAAAGUUGCUGAGGUUGAGAAACACUGCUCUGAUUAUUUGCUCUCAUACUUUUCUUUCUCUUUCGCCUCUUUCUCUUUUCCUAUAGCUUUUCCUCUUUCUUUGCUUUCAUGCUUUCUAUUUGUUUGUAUACAUCCCUUCCCUCUUUUUUUUUUUGGUUGUUUCUUUUCCUUUUCCAGCUCAGGUUCAAAUUAGACAUGACACAGGAUGAAUGUGGGUGGUUGGCCUGACCUUUUCCCUCUAUUUUUUGCUGCAAACUGUCUUGUGUUCCCAAUGCAGGAGAGGAUGUUCCUUCCCCUGCAGGAUGAAAGCCCAACUUGAAAGGAGGGAUAUUCAGCUUCUGGGUGGGAACAGCAGCCUUGCAGUUUCUUCCCCAACCCUUUUUCUGUUUACUAGCCUAUUUGGGCUCACAGCCUUUCUAGGUAAAUUAAAAAAAGAAAGAUACUUGUGCCUCCCAUCACAUUUAGGUGUAGCAUUUUGGGUCCUCCCAUCACAUUUAGGUGUAGCAUUUUGUCACCAUCAGAGAUCAAGAAAAAAGUCACCUUGGCAGCAGAAGUUCCUUUUUUUCCACUCCUCAGAUUUAUAAUCCCCAGUUGAGAGCUCAUAUAGUUGCUAUGUUAAUCCAUCAGAUUAAACCAUGGUUUCUUAACCAUGAUUUAUUGAACAAUCCACAAUUGCCUGAGUUCACACAACACACGGACAAAUAAAGCUUAGUUUACAGUGUGUUUUGCACAAUAAUGAAAAUCAGGCCAAACAAACUCUACUGUAGUGCUGUUCUGUGUUGCUUCUGGUUUGCUCCUUAGCUUCUUGUGGCUUAACUGGACCCUUUUUUCUCUCUCUGCGUUCUUUGACUGUUUGCCCCAGUGUGGACUUUCCAGUUUGGCUCUUUGCUUUCUUCGUCUUCUUUGCUUUUGUUCACUCUUUUCUUCUCAUGUGUGUGUGCUUGCUUGCUUGCUAGCUGACUUUCCUCUCUACAACUCCAUUUCUGCAUGCAUUGUUAGCUGAAUUCUUAGGUUCACUAUGUUAAGCUAUGCCUAUAUUAUAGAGUAGUAACUUUAUUGAUUAGUCAAAUGACCAUAUCAGAAAGUUGGGCAUCAGCCACUAUAAGAUAUAAAAUAUGAUACCAUAAAACAGCUAAAAUACAGUAAAAUUAGCUAAAAUAUACUAUGGUAAGAUAAAAUACGAUAAAAUACAGUAGGGUAAAAUAGAGAUAAAACUGUAAAAUAAAAAUGCAAGAUGUAAUAAAACAAGUAAUAAAAUACAGAAACAAUGUGAGUUUAAAUAAAUUCAUCACCUUUACAUGCCACCCCAAUGCGUUCUGUAAAUUGCAUUCUCAGUUGGACAGCCCUAACUAUAAACUUAACAGUUCUAUUGACCACAUACAUAUUUGUGCCCUGGAGGAAGUAACAUAGUCUUUUGUUACAAUCCCAGUAUGUGGUUCUGUCAAUUAGUGUCUGAAGGUACUGAGCCCUUGCUGGGGCAUAUAGUUGGCAGUUAAAUAGGACAUGUGCAGUGUCUUCUACUUCGGGUGCUCCACAAACACAUGUCCUCUCAAGGUAAGGCACUUGGUGGAAUCGUCUGUAUUUGACCAGCCUGUAUUAUAAUUAUGUUAAUUAACUGCAGUGUGAAAGAAUGAGACUACCUCCUGCUCAUCUUGGGAGCCUGUAGUCCUCUAGGUGUGGCUAAAACUACAACUCUCAGCAUUCAUAAUUUGUGAUGCUGGUUGAGUGGGAUUGGGAGUUGUAAUCCAGUAACAAAGGGCUACAAAUUCUCCACCCCAUUUUAGAACUAAACAACUUUGAACACUCCUUUUCUUGUCAAAAUGUUUCUGGUCUUAGAAGAACAGGUUCUUGCUAUCUUCUGUAGGAAUAAUCACGAACUGACAAUAAGGCAAGAAGUCAUUUUGCAUUGCAAUGUCUUUGUUCCACCAAAUUUAAAUUAUUCCGGAAAUGCACCUGUAGCAUGUUUCCCCCCCCUCUUUCCAACUUUGUUCAUAUGCUAUCCAGUCUGCUUCUCUUCUUACUGCCUUACUGCCACUCUUUAUUGUUCAGCUUCUCCUUGUUUCCCCUUUUUCUUUUGCAUUCUUGUCUUUUUUCUUCCUUUCCUCUCUGAUAUUCAGGACUCUCCCCUUUUUCUUGAUCCCAUGUUUGCUUCUUCCGUGUUCCUCUUGCUUAGCAAAAGCCCAGUGUAGGAUACCCCCCCUUUUUUUUAAACUAUAGCAGGCACCCGUGGCUCUGAUUUUGAUCGAAGUGAGAACUUCUGUCUAGAUUUGGGUGAAUGUUCUGUAUUCCAGGCUGCUUUUAGCUUUACUAGUGGAGGAAGUUGGUGUGGAAAUCCAGAUAUCUGUAUAAUGCUAGGUACCCUUCAGCCCUCAUUAUUAUUUACUUGAUCUAUCUCCUGUCUUUUGACAGUGGCAUGCAUGUAUGACCUCGGGGGAUCCACUUUGCAUGCAUUAGCCAGAUCCUCCUAUCCUUAAGCUGUGUCCCCACUUGCACCUAAGCACGACACAACCAUGCCCUGGUAAUAUCCUCUUCCUGCCCUGUUCCCGUGACUUUGCCUUUAUCUCAUCCCUUUACUCAUCUGUGAAUGAGACAGGCAUAAGUAAUCCAUAGCUACCAAUCGAAGCGAAUAUCUCGCACUGAAGAUGUUGCCUAGUCUGGCAACAAAACAUCUGCAAGAAAAUGAGGCUCAGAGAGCACCAAGGACUCCACAUAAUCCAUAGCUGUACCAGUGUUCAAGUGCUAUUUUUCCCCCUUUUGGUGCCCCAUCAAGGGCAGCCUCAAAUUGUGGGAAAUUGUCGGGUUGUUACUUUGGAAAGAGGCCCGGCGAUUGGCAUGACAAGGAAGAGAGGCUACAGAGGCAGGAGAGAAACAGACAGGGGGAAGAAUC